UGUGUGUGUGUGUGUGUGUGUGUGUGUGUGUGUGAUGCUGAGUAUAAAACCAGCAUCUUCCCACCAACACACACCUCAGACCGAUCAGAGCAGAUCACGCACAGUCACGCACGGACACGGUCGUAGAGCGCGCGGGAUGCGUGCGAUCUGACUACCAGCGGCUCGUUACAACAGUCUCAAACAGAGAAUCAGCAUCAUGACCAGGUCUGUGCAGGAGGACCAGGACUCAGUGGAGUCUCAGGAGCUGCAGGAGCUGGACAGCCCCUCAGAGGAAGCAGGAGAAGGACUGGGAGAGGAAGAGGAGAAGGACAGCCUUCAGCACAUGGAGGAAGACGAUGACGAUGAUGAGGAGGAAGAGGAGGAGGACGACGGCGAGAACAAACCCAAGAGGCGAGGGCCGAAGAAGAAGAAGAUGACGAAGGCUCGUAUUCAGAGGUUUAAAGUCCGUCGGAUGAAAGCGAACGCCCGGGAGAGGAACCGCAUGCACGGGCUGAACGACGCUUUGGAGAGUCUGCGGAAAAUCGUCCCUUGUUACUCCAAAACCCAGAAACUGUCCAAGAUCGAGACACUCCGCCUUGCCAAGAACUACAUCUGGGCCCUGAGUGAAGUCCUGCGAUCUGGCAAGGCACCCGACCUCAUGAGCUUCGUCCAGGCGCUCUGCAAAGGUCUGUCUCAGCCGACCACUAACCUGGUUGCGGGCUGCCUGCAGCUGAAUCCUCGGACUUUCCUGCCAGAGCAGACACCCGACCUGCCAGUUCACCUUCCCCCCGCUGGUGCUGCCACCUACCCUGGACACUACUCCUACCAGAGCCCCGGUCUGACGGCCGGCCUGCCCAGCCCGCCCUACGGCACCAUGGAGCCCUCCCACAUCUUCCACCAGGUCAAAGGUCAGCCGUACGGCCCGCUGGAGCCCUUCUUCGAUGGUGUCUUGGUGUCAGACGGCCCUGCGUUUGACCCGCCCCUCAGCCCACCGCUCAGCAUCAAUGGGAACUUCUCAUCCUUCAAACAGGAGACCAUGGCGGCGGCCGAAUACGACAAGAGUUUCCCCUUCAGCGUGCACUAUGGUGGCGGAGGAGCUGGGGGACACCCUGCUAUCUAUGGCGGCGGGGGGUCCAACCCGCGGUGCGGUGAGCUGCCGGUGGACGGGCUGAUGGGCUUUGACGGACACACGCACCAUGAGCGGAUGAUGAAUGCCCAGCUGAACGCCAUCUUCCACGACUCCUGAGGAAAAGGGGGAUGGAGGACUGAGAAUGAAUGAAGACAGAGAGACAGUACUAUAAAGAGAGACAGAAGUUCUGUGUAUGUCUAUCACUUCUUUCUGUCUUUCUCUUCUUCUUUCUGUCUGCGUCAGGCUCUAAACUCCUCCUCACCAUGUGGGCAUUGAUUACGAUGACGACGAUGUCAUGUACGUUGAUGAUAUAACUUUCUUUGUAGCGCUUCAUCCUGCAGGAGACGCUCUCCGAAUGUCUCGUUAUUAUCCAUAUUAUCACUUAAAAAUAAUCAAUAAUCAAUAAGCAAUAAUCUGGAGGAAACUAUGCAAUUUUGUUCAAACCUGAGCCACGCUCAACUGAUAAUUCCAAAUGUUGAAAGAAUAAAGAUUUCUCUAUUUUUGGGUCUGUGUGUAAGGCGCGUCGAGCCGGUGUCGGGCUGAAGUGUUCAUGUUGUUCACGUGGUUUUUACUUUUUGCUUUUUAUAACGUUCCUGUAGCGUUCUGUUGACAUUUCAUGUGACUCUUGUUCAUAUUUUAUAAGAUAGAUGUUUAUAAAGGCCUUUUAUUAAAA